AUCCUGGCGCAGAAUGAAUGUCAUCCGCAUCACGUCGAAGAACGUGGUAUUCCUCUUCAUGGCGCUUUUGUCAACGUCCGUCCAGGAAGCUCGCAUGGAUUACGGCACUGCAACUAGCUAUGCAAUGAAGGAAGCCAAUGUAAACUCCACACCAGCUUACAGCAGUAAGAAAGAGGAAAUGGCUGGCCUAUGCCCAAGUGGGAUACCUUGUACAGAAUUGAGUGGGGAAUGUCUGAAAUGUAAUUUAAACUAUAGUUGCAAAUAUGGCGCCAUGUAUGAGACAAACUGUUCAGUGUUGGAACACGUUGACUGUAUAGGAGAGCAGACUUUUUCGAAGAAGUACAUGUGUCGUUAUUGUUAUCAAACUGAUCACUGGGAACAUCUGUGCCAUCAAAAAAAUUCAUGUAGCUCAGUAGCAUCUCCUCAACAAUAUUAUAGAACAAAUUGUACGGUGAACGAUGACAUAUUAUGUCUGGGCAGACGGAAGUUUAUGAAAAAUUUGCCUUGUAACUGGACAGUUGGAUAUCGAUGGUCUACAGCUUUAAUCUUGAGUAUCACUCUUGGAGGAUUUGGUGCAGAUAGGUUUUACUUGGGACACUGGCAAGAAGGCAUUGGCAAGCUUUUCAGUUUUGGUGGACUGGGCGUAUGGACCUUGAUCGAUGUAAUAUUGAUCUCUAUGAGAUAUUUAGGUCCUGCUGAUGGCUCUUUAUAUAUUUAGAUUAUUUAU